AAACCAAAGGCGACGGCAGCAGGCUCGUCCCAGCCGCAGGACGGCGGCGGGGCCGCGCCCGCGCAGCCGACGAACAAGGCGAUGCCGGCCCAGGUCGGCUUCGCGCCCAAGGCCGCGGGCGCGGUGCGCAUCGCGACGUGGAACAUCUGCGGUCUCGCCGCUGCGCAGAAGAAGGGGUUCAAGGUGUAUUUCGACGCGGAAGACGCCGACAUACUGAUCCUCACGGAGACGAAGGUCAACAACCCUCCUGCGGAUCCAGAAUUCACACAACGCUACCCUCAUCGCUAUUGGGCGAUUUCGGAUAAGAAAACCUACUCUGGGACGGCAAUACUGUCCAAGAUCGAGCCCCUCUCCGUCAAGUACGACCUUCCGGGUCAUCCAGACAAGUCUGCGGUCAAAGGCCGAAUCGUCACACUAGAGUUUGAGAGCUGCUACGUGAUCGGGACGUAUGUCACGAACGCCGGCACCGGUCUCAAGACCCUCGACGCCAAGAAGGAGUGGAACAAGCAUUUCGAGGUCUAUAUCCGGGAACUCGACAAGAAGAAGCCCGUGAUAUGGACCGGCGACCUGAAUGUCGCCCCGACGGCUCUUGAUCUCGCCAACCCGAAGACGAACUGGAACAAGACGCCGGGCUACACGGAGGCCGAGACGAGCGCGUUCGCGCGGGUCCUGAACGAGGACGGCGCAGAGCCGGACGCGCCCAAGUUCGUGGACGUGUGGCGGAAGAGGCACCCCGACCUCCGCCACUACACGUACUUCUCGUACCGGUUCAAUUGCAGGGAGAAGGGCCUCGGAUGGCGGCUAGACAUGUUCGUGGUCAGCGAGCGGCUGGAGGAGAAGGUGCAGAUGUGCGAGAUACGCAGCGAGAUAUACGGCGCGUCGGACCACUGCCCUGUCGUCCUGGAGCUCGCCGGCCCGCUCUAGAUCUUCUCGGGAGUAUCUGACGAUCAGGGUCACGGACAGACAGAGAUACUUAUCGGCAUCGUAGAGGGUGGAGCUGCAGCGUUGCGAGGACGUGGUCGUUACGCGAUGGAGCAUGUUUGCACGCACAUUUGAUAAGUACUUAUGGGAGUCUAGGCGCUCGAAACUGUCUGCUGCCAGCUCGGUGACGACAGCCAGAUAGAUCAUCCGAGAUCGACAAGACAUAUUAUGCGCUGAGAAUACGCUCGGCUAACGGAGUCCUCAUGAUUUCUGGAGACCAGUCGAGAAGUUUGCAGCAAAUGCAGGAUGACGUUGUGCAGAUAAGACCGUAAAGCAGUCUGUGACGCGCUCAGCUGCCAGGCAAUGCAUUGCUACACACACAGCGAUCGCGACGCCACCAGGUGCUAGAUAGCUAGCGCAGGAACAGCCCGGCGACGCUCCACACAGCUCACGGACCCGAUAGGAACAGCUACUCGUAUUGCCACAAAGUCACGAGCGGGCCGCCCGCGGCGCACAGAAAGGAUAGGAAGCGCACUAGCUGAUAUCAGCAGCUCUGGCGGCUGCGCGAUCUGCCAGCCUGGAAGAUGGUCGUGGCCGCGUUGUGUAUCGCAUCCGAUCCUUGAAGUGAGCCGUCCUUCUCAGCACUCGCGGGAGAAGCCGUGCUUUGCGUUUGACGAACCCCUGUGCACU